AUGAACGAGUACGCUGAAUAUGACUGGAGACUGCAUCAAAUGCAGAAUGAGCGGCUUUGUGAAGCGGCAAGAAAAAAACUCACAGAUGGCGAUAGGCAACGUGCGCUUGUUGCUUUGAAAGAUACCGUGGACUCAAGCCUCAACCUCGCCCUCCGCGACAAAAGCAGAUGUCAAGACGACAAUUUUCUGCGGCGUUUUCUAUAUGCGCGGAAACACGAUGUGCAACAAAGCUUCGAACUUUUAGUGCGUUAUCAUCAAUAUAGACGCGAACAUCCGGAAUUAUGGGCAACGGCAGAUGGUGGUGUGCUACGUGCUCUCUCCGAUGGUUUACCGGGUGUGCUGGCGCAGCGAGACCGCCGAGGACGAUGUGUGCUGUUAAUGUUCGCGUCUAAUUGGAUUCCUCACGCUUGUCCGCUUAUCUCAGUCUUUAGAUCAUUGCUACUCACAAUUGAACGCACUCUCGAAGAAGUUCAAAAUCAAGCCAAUGGAUAUGUUAUUAUUGUUGACUGGACAGAAUUCACCUUCAAACAAUCAUGUAAUUUACAAGCUAAAGUGUUAAAAAUGAUGAUAGAUUGCCUACAAGAUUGCAUGCCAGUUAGAUUUAAAAGCAUACAUUUCAUCGGUCAGCCUUGGUAUGUAGAAACCGCUCUCGCUGUAAUUAAACCGUACCUCAAGACUAAAACGCGAGAACGCAUAGUAUUGCACGGAAAUAAUUUAUCAACGCUGCAUGAUGCUCUACCCCUGGAUAUUCUCCCGGCAGAACUGGGCGGCGAAGGUCCUUCGUAUAACUCGGAACUUUGGCUUCAAGAAUUUUGUAAAGGUGAAAAAAUUAACCCCGCUCCUGUAACAUCGGGUUCAACAGUAGUUGCACCGAUUGAAAACGAUCCUCCAUCUGCAAAGUUGGACAAAGCAUAUAAACAAAAGGAUAAUCCAAACUUUUCUUUCAACGGGAGUGAAAAAAGUGCCAAAUCCGAGUUGCUUCGGGAUAAAGAUUGA